GCGCGCGAGCAGACGACGCUGAAUUGGUGAUGCUGUGGGGAAGGAAGGGCUCAGGGCAGCUUUUUCUCACGUUUCUCACUCCUUUCCAUCUACUCCUCCCAGCCUGUCGGGGUGUGGCGACCAUUAACCCUUAGUGAAGCGGAAAACGGGUGUGAGGCGGCGCGGGGAAGACGUGAUAAGUUACAACAAGGCGAAAAUGGCUCGAGCUCUCCCGUGGCCCUGAGAAUAAUACCUCCAAGAGUGUGAGAGUGAGAGGAGAGGCGAGAUAGAAAAAAAAACUGAAGAUAAUAAGAAAGAGCAUAACACCGUUGAGCGUGAGUGAGGUGGGCGUGAAGGUGGCUCAAGUGUCGAGUGUGGAGUGUUGUGAGUGUUGAUGGGUGGAGGCAGUGUGGAGAAGAGGCAGUGGUGAUGGGGGCGUCCACCUCCACCACGACCAUGCCAGCAAGGACCGCCGAGCCGCAGCGUAGAUGAGGCCAGAGUGGGAUGGGCGUGAGAGUGUCAUGGUGGGCCGUGGGUGUGGAGGUGGUGGUGGGCGCCUAGCACCGCCCUCCACCCCGCGCCCAGGCUGCCGUCCGGCCCCCCCACGCCGCGCCCGCCCCCCGCCGCCCGCCCCGCGUGUGCCAUGGUGCAGGCCAACGAGGAAGUGAUGUGCGACUCUCGCCCCUCCACCAGCGGCUCGGGGCCCUACGUGCACAGCAAGGCGCCGCCCCUCAACACUAGGUGGCCGGGGGGCGCCAGGCCGAAGAUCUUCAACCACAGGUCCUUCAGCUCUGGCUCCCGCCCCUCCGUGCUAUCCAGGGCGUCGGGGUCCCUGCGCUCCGUGUCCCGGCCGGGCUCCCGCACCGGCUCAGGUCUUGGCUCCCGCGGCUCGCUCCUCUCGGGCUCUGUGGGCACUGCGGAGGAGGUGGGGUCGGGGGUGUCUCGUCUGCGGCGGGAGCUGCCCUCCAUCUCGGACAUCUGUGGCUACGACGAGGUGCAGGAGCUGUUGAGGGACAUCGAGCAGCUGGAGUGCCGCCGCUGGACCUCCGACUGGGACUCCUUCACCAUCCAGUCCUCCCACGCGGACCUCGACUUCCCCCACGACCACGACUUCUUCCCGCCGGACCUGGAUACCCUCUCCCGCUGCGACUCCCGCCUCUCCUGGGACUCCCACGCCGGCCGCCACCCCGACGAGGAGGACGACGACCCCCACCCCAGCCCCAGCUACUCCCCCGAGCUCCAGCGCCGCCGCCCCACCCCCACCGUCACCCUCGCCUGGGACGACUCGCACCUCAAAACCUCCGUCGGGAUAUUCAGGCUUCUCUUGGUGGUAGUAUCCGUGAUCACCAUGACAUGCGCCUGUACUGUGGGCACGGCGCGGCUAAGUAUCUUCGUGCUGCCCGGUGCCUGGAGACUAAGAGUGGUCGUCUUCACAGCUGUCUUCACCAUCCUCACCACCACCAUACUCCUCCUCCUCCACCUCUCCUCCCUCGUCCACUCCCUCACCCUGCGAUGGGAUAAACUGGUGACGGUAAUCUACGUGGCGGUGUGCGUGUGUUACCUGGUGUCGGCGUCGCUGCUGCUGCACCUGCUCCACCUGUACCACACCACCUACCCCUGGAUACCCGCGUGGACCAAGCAGCAGCUCCUCACCACCUCGCUGUGUGGCUGUGCAUGCGGGGUGGUGUCCCUGGUGCUGGCGGUGAUCUCGGGGUGUGGCUGGCCGCGCUACGGCCGGGUGCUCAGCGAAGGCUCCACCACGGACACCACGUCCUCCCACCACCUCCACACGCUCCACCACAUUAACCCCCACGCGCUGGCGGGGCCCGUGGCCGGCACGAUGGCCACCCGGGGGCCGCGGCAGGGCUCAGGCACUUCGCUGGGUACGGGCGGCGGGGCGGGGCAGCAGGGCCCGCACGCCACCACCGCCUUCACGCCGGACAGCCUCAACGACCCCCAGCCGGGCCCCUCCAAAGCCCUGCCGCACAACCACACGCCGGCCCGCCCCCAGGCCCUGCACGGCCUCACGCACCAACACGGGGUGUAGCGGUGGGGUCUGCGUGUGCGUGUGCGUGCGUGUGUGCAUGUGUGUGUGCAGCGUGGCGGAGACCCGGGGGCCGCCGCCCGGCCAUAUGCACGUUGCCCUGUGAUAGCGGCCGAGGCCCCUGAGGGAGAACGUUGCUUGUUGUUUUUCCAAGUUUUUAGAUGAACUUUGAGACUGGAGAUGUUAUCGCCCUUUUGAAUGAAUCUUGAUACAGAGAA